UAAACGGUAAAAAUGUUUCGACCAAAAAAAAGGUGUCGUUGUCUGAGUCUGAGCCACGUACUCACUCUCUGUUUCUCUCAAACAACAUCACAUGAUGACUUCAUCUCCCUACACUGUCUUCUUCACUCACCAAACUCUCUUUCUUCAACACCCGAGAGGUCUCCUUAUAGGAUCCGACCCGUUCUUCUCAAUCCCAACUUAUGAUGAAGCGGAGCAAGAAGAACCCGGAUGUGGGUGACCCGUUAUCCAACUCGGAUACUCGAACCGGGUCUAGCGAAUUGAAUGCGACGAAACCAAGUUUGAGCUCGAUGAAAUCGAUGGGUCUACUUCUGGCAGUUCUUAUGGUUGCUUCGGUUAUGUUUUCUCUGUCGGUGGUACUCAGAGACCCACCUUCAGAUGGUGUUGCGGAGGCUGACGCAGCUUCUAGGUUUCUUCAGAUCAGAUUGCACCCUCCGGGCAUCGAUUCAGAUGAUGGAUUAAGCGAAAAGAAGGAACAGCUCGGCGACAUUAAUCUUGUUGCGUCUAGUUUUGAUAAAGAAUCAUGCUUGAGCAGGUAUGAAGCGAGUUUAUAUAUAAAGGAAUCGCCUUUUAAGCAAUCCUCUUACCUGGAUUAUAGAUUGCAAAGAUACGAAGAUCUUCAUAGACAGUGUGGACCGUUCACUAGAUCCUAUAACUUAACACUGGACAAACUCAAGCCGGGAGACCAGUCUGAUGGUGGAGUCUCUGGUUGUAGAUAUGUCAUAUGGUUGAACUCUAAUGGUGAACUUGGGAAUAGGAUGCUGAGUCUAGCUUCAGCUUUUCUUUAUGCUCUCUUAACAAAUCGGGUUUUACUUGUCGAACCAGGAGUUGACAUGGCUGAUCUUUUCUGCGAGCCAUUUCCAAACACUUCUUGGUUUCUUCCCUUAGAGUUUCCACUCAAGAGCCGGUUCAAUGAACAGUCUCUACUUCGCGAAUCUGGCAACUCGAUGCUUGCAUAUCGCCAUGUUAAUUUCAGUGACCAACAAAAGCUUUUCUUUUGCGAGGAAAGUCAAGUUUUGUUGGAGGAAACCCCAUGGCUGAUCAUGAAAGCAGAUAGUUUCUUUCUCCCAUCUCUCUUCUCAAUCUCGUCAUUCAAGCAGGAACUUGAAAGGCUCUUCCCGGAAAAAGAAACGGCAUUUUACUUCUUGAGUCAGUAUCUCUUUCACCCAACUAAUGCUGUCUGGGGUCUCAUUACACGAUACUAUCGCACAUAUCUUGCUAGAGCUGAUCAAAGAAUAGGAAUCUAUAUUGAGGUCUCUGAGUCUGGAAAUGGUCAGUUCCAGUAUUUGGUAGAUCAGAUUCUAGCUUGUGGAACUAGAUAUAAGCUGCUUCCUGAAGUUGACAGACAGAGACACCUCCCUUCAAGCCAAGUUCUAAACCAAAAAUCAAAGGCAGUUUUUGUCUCAUCUUCUUCUCCAGGGUAUUUUGAGAGUAUCAGGGACAUCUAUUGGGAAAACCCAACAGUGAUAGGAGAGAUAAUCAGUGUUCACAAGCUGAGUCACAAGGACUACCAAAAAACCCCGAGGAACAUGGAGUAUAAGAGAGCAUGGGCUGAGAUAUACCUUCUGAGUUGUACUGAUGUGCUGGUGUCCACAAGCUCAUGGUCCUCACUCAUGGACGUGGCUCAUGGCCUUGGAGGGUUGACACCAUGGGUAUUGAACAAGGCUGAGAACGGGACUUCCCAUGAACCUUCCUGUGUGAGAGCAAGGUCAAUAGAGCCCCGUUCCCAAGUGACACUGUUCCAAAGCUGUAAAGAUUAAAAGAUGAAAUAGAGUCUCUAGGGCUCUUCUUGUGCCUUAACUAGAUCUUCAGGUCAAGAUUUUCAGAGUUUCUCAACAGACAUGUAAGGAAUAUUAGAAUUAACUUGAUAUAUUAUUUCAUGACUUGACGAGUUCUAUAUUCUUUCCAA